AUGCACCAACUGGACUUGGUGGAUAUAGAAGAUAGACCCAACAGGACAUGGUGGAUACAACUGGAGGAGACUUGCCUGAUGAUGUUGACCUUCCAAACAAGACAUAUCAAACGAGAUAAUGACACUGAUCAGCUCUAUUGGUCAGAGACAAGAAAGCUUGUGAUCGUAAACAAGGGCAUGACAUGGUGGAAACAGCUGGAGGAGACAGGGCCAUUGGAUGCUAAUCUUCCAAGAUGUGGAAACAGCAGAUGUCCUCAACAAGACAUGUGUAACAGCAGAUGCACCCAACUGAACAUGGAUAGAAACAACUUGAUGAUGCAUAGCCAGUACUUGCUGAUCUUCCAAGAUGUGGAAACAGUAGAUGUCCUCAACAAGACAUGUGUAACAGCAGAUGCACCCAACUGGACAUGUAUAGAAACAACUUGAUGAUGCAUAGCCAGUACUUGCUGAUCUUCCAAGAUGUGGAAACAGCAAAUGCGCCCAACAGUACAUGGUGAAAACAGUAGAUGAACCCAAAAGGACCUGAUAGAAACAACUGGAGGAUGAAUAGCCAAAGGAUGCUGAUCUGACAUUUAUCAGCUGCAGCCAACAGAACCUUGUGGAAACAACUGGAAUAGACAAGCUUGAUGAACCUCUUUUAAGAUGGGA